GACUGCAUCAAUGACUGCGCGCAAAUACAAGAGAUAAAUGAUAAAAGAGCGAAAAUGCAAAAUUUUAAUUUACACUUUCUUUACGUGCGAGUGGUGGUGGGUGCGGAAAAGAUAAUCUAAUAAGUAAUAAGAUCGACGUCCAACGCCCAUACUUCACAAUCGAAGGGCAGUUUACCAAUAGACUACUGGUAGUACACCGGAGACUCUCCUAGGAAGCAGUUAGUUUAUCGACAGUGAUCGCAUUAGUUCACUUCAUACAGUGGCAUUAUGGUUAACACAAUUGCAAGACUAGCGUGUAUGGUGAUGCUCGGCUCUUUUUUACAUUCAGGUUUUGCGUCACUGGCUCGGAGUGGUUGGAACUACAACGAAGAUGAUUGGCCUAUUGAAUGUAAAAUGGGAACCAAACAGUCGCCCAUUGCUUUAUCAGCUGACAUCGCUCAAGAAGAAAAUUUUUCUUCAUUUAUUUUUGAACAGUAUGAUGUUACCUACCCUGUGCAGUCUAAAAACAACGGACAUUCAGUUGAAAUACGACUACACGUCGAAAAUCAACCAACUGUCAAAGGUGGAGGUUUACCCCAUGUUUACGUGUUGGACCAUUUACAUUUUCACUGGGAGUCAGAACACGUAAUAGAAGAUCAACGGUUUCCACUAGAACUCCAUCUUGUUCAUUAUGCGAGUAGAUAUGGAAACUUAUCAGAAGCUCUGAAAUAUACUGGUGGUGUAACUGUGUUUUCAGUUUUAUUUUAUUUGUCACCUGAUGACGAUGCCCACUUUGUACCUCUGAUCGAUGUCAUCGACAAAAUCCAAGACCAAGUCAACACAAUCCAAGAAAUGCACAUCAGAGUCGACGAUUUCCUCCCACGAGAUAGAGCUGGUUUUUAUCGAUACAAUGGGUCUCUUACGACACCUAGCUGCACCGAAGGGAUUAUAUGGACCGUUUUCACUAACAAAUUACCAAUUUCCAAAGAUCAGGUGAAAGCUUUUCCGUAUUUGAAGACUGAGGAAAAUGAAGAACUUCGCAAGAAUUAUCGUUCUUUACAAAAACUGAAUGGUCGAAGAGUACAGAUUCGUCGCAGUCCUUUGAACAGUUCCAGUGGUUCGAUGACUGUUGAUGUUAUGUCGAAACUUGUAACUCUCUUUUUGUUUCUUAAAGAAGCCAUCAGUUUUAUAUAGAUUGUGAUAUGUUGUGAAAUUAGAGCCUAGUCAAGUACUUGUUAGAUGUAAGUAUCUUGCCAUAUUUGUUCGUAAGAAAUCCGAUCGUGUUGUGCAAUAUUUUUUGUUCUUGUAUUAUCUUAAGAGAGAUGUAUUUAUUUAUUAUAUUCUUGUGAGUCAGGCUAAGAUAAGUUAUUCGACAAAUGAAAAACCUAACUAUAAUGUGCACAUGCCAUACCUAACAAAUAACAAACAGAUAGAGUGUUAUGUAAUAGAGAUGUUAUGUUUAUAAUGUUUUUAAUAAAAAACUGAAUUCCAA